AUGACUAUGAACGAACAAACAAAGAUCGAAUACUUGAAGGACUUAAACUCCGUCAGUGAUAGAAUAAGACAUCAUGUCGCCGUGAGCCACCAACAAGAACCCGCUGCUGCCGCAGCCGCUGCCCCUACCGCUACCAAGGCCAACGAGUUUAAACGUGUCCCAUUGCCAACUAUGAACGUUGCCCCACCAAUGUUGGAAAAGAACUGUACUUCUUCCUUUUAUGAAUCAGGUUCCACUUUGGAAAUGUGGGAAGAAGGUGUCGAUCAAAAGCUAAAUGCUAUUGACCAAGAUAUUCAAAAGAAUAAGUUGGGUGCCGCUGAAUUGAACAAAGUGUUCUCUAACGGUAAGGUCGAAGAGAUGGAUUUUUAA